AUGGCUUUGGUUGCCACUACCCAGGCCCAAUGUCCUGCUAUCUGGGGCACUGUGGCUUCAGACCUCAAGUCCAAUCUCUUCUCGACUUGCAACAAUGACACCCGGGCCGCAAUUCGCCUGCCAUUCCACGACUGCUAUGCCGGAGCCUGUGAUGGGUCCAUCAUUCUCAGCGAUGAAUGUGCAACACGCGCUGAGAAUGUACAACUCGUGGAUAUUUGCACCACUCUGGGUGACAAGGCCACCGAGUACAAUGUCAGCGUGGCGGAUCUAAUCCAAGUCGCGGGUGCUAUUGCCGUGGCACAAUGCCCUCCAGGGCCAACGGUGACGGUGCAAGUCGGCCGAACGGACACCUCGACUGCCAACCCAACCGCAAUUCCCGGUCCCAACACGAACGCCACGACCCUCAUCGCCGGCUUCGAGGCCAAGGGCUUCACGGCCAAGGAGCUCGUAGCCCUCGUCGGGUCUCACUCUGCCGCCAGGAGCCUCGCUGGUGUUCCAUUCGAUACCACGGUGGACAAGCUGGACAGCCCAACCUACUACGGCGAGGUGCUGAACGGCACGCAGCCCGCCAGCAUUGCCUCCGACCAGGAUCUUGCAGAGAACAACGCGACCAAUGCUGCGUGGAUUGAGUACAGAGACAGCCAGAGCACAUGGAACACGGACUUUGCAAGUGCCUUUGAGAAGAUGGCACUUCUCGGUGUGGACGAUACGGGACUCGUGGAUUGUACCAGCACAAUUUUUGGUUAA